UUAUGAGGCCGUAAUAUGGGCCAGGCCCAUUACGUUAAACCCUUCUCCGCUUCGUUCUCCCAUUUCUUUCACCGACGACCACCACGGCGGGAGAUCUUCCUCUGUCUCCUCGCUUCUUAUCUUACCGUAACAACCUCAUACCUCGCCGGAGAUCCUACCAGAAACAACUCGAUGUGGCUGAACCGGACAGCUCCCAUCCGGUAUCUGAGAUCCUUCCGAAAAACUCAAAACGCGCCAUGGAUGAGCUACACUGUUGCGUUCUACUCAGAUUCCGCGGAGGAGGAAGAAAAGGUCGCGCCUUUGCAGGAGACUAGAAUGAGAGAUAGGUUUACUCUGUACGCACGUGGCGGUGAAGGUGGCAGUGGUUGUUCCAGCGCCCGCAAGACCCGUACCGAUCGCUACGGCAAACCAGAUGGUGGGAAUGGUGGGAGAGGAGGUGAUGUGAUUUUAGAAUGCACACAUGCAGUUUGGGACUUCAGCGGAUUGCAACCUCAUGUUAAAGGUGGGAAGGCUGGGCAUGGAACUUCCAAGAACAGGAUUGGAAACAGAGGAGAAGACAAGGUCCUGCAAGUGCCCAUUGGGACAGUGAUUCAUCUUCAAGAAGGUGAGAUUCCGUCUCAGGUUCAAGCUAACUCUCCCACAAGUCUGGAUCCAUGGGACCUUCCUGGCACACUGGUUGAUGAUCCUGAACCAGAGGAGACCUCCGACGUUAAUCAAGAUUCUUCUGUUCAAGUUGAAGCUGAGGACGAUAUUGUAGUAGACACGCCAAUGGAAGAUGAUUUUGAAGACGAUGUUGAUCAAGUAAAGUAUAACGUUGCGGAGCUGACAGAACAAGGCCAGAGAAUACUCAUCGCACGUGGCGGCGAAGGCGGUUUGGGCAGCGUUUGCGCUACACGUUACUUAAGAGGCACCAAGUUCGCUAAAACAGCUCCUUUGAGGACAAUGGAGGACGACGAUGAUGAAGAUGAUGAUAAUGGCCAACGCUCGAGUAUUAAGUGUGGUUCUCUUGGUACAGAAGCUGUCCUGAUACUAGAACUGAAGAGCAUCGCUGACGUUGGUCUCGUAGGGAUGCCAAACGCUGGGAAAAGCACUCUCCUCGGCGCGCUCUCCCGCGCUAAACCGCGUGUAGGCCACUACGCGUUCACGACGCUCCGUCCCAACCUAGGCAACGUCAGCUACGACGACUUCUCAAUGACGGUAGCCGACAUCCCAGGGCUUAUCAAAGGAGCUCAUCAGAACCGAGGGCUAGGCCACAACUUUCUCCGCCAUAUAGAAAGGACCAAAGUGCUGGCUUACGUCGUGGACUUGGCGUCGGGGUUGGAUGGGAACAGAGGAGUGGCGCCGUGGCAGCAGCUGAGAGAUUUGGUGAUGGAGCUUGAAUUUCAUGAGGAAGGGUUGUCUGAUAGGUCGUCUUUGAUCGUGGCGAACAAGAUAGAUGAGGAAGGGGCGGAGGAGAGGUUGGUGGAGCUUGAGAGGAGAGUGAAAGGUGUGAGGAUUUUUGCGGUUUGUGCUGUUCUUGAAGAAGGUGUGGCUGAGCUGAAAGAUGGUUUGAAAAUGCUUGUAAACGGUGGUGGUGAGGGAUCAGAGAGAUUGAAAUUGGAGAAUAUAUGUGUUGACUAGUUUAGUUUUUUGUAUCUCUUUGAGUUAUUUCAGUAGAUAGACCAACUGAAAAUUUCGUGUUACAGUGGCUAUACUGAUGUGUUGUGUGAUGAAACAUUUUCACGGUUUCUAUUGUGAUAUUUUUAAAUUCUUGAUCGUUUUAUGUUAUAGUGGCUUAGGUUACUAAUUCAAGAACGUAGUCGUUGCAUUAGGUUGUUUCUUACUUGUAACAUAAGUUUCUCGGAGGCACAAGAUAUCAUUAGGGGUUUAGUACUACGUGGAAGAAAGGUAUACACAUAUCUAAUGUCUUUAUCACAAGGAACAACUUGUUAGAAACACUCCAAUUAGAUUAGUAGUUUUGACAAAAGAAAGUUAAGUUAGAUAGUUAAUGAAUAAUAGACGUGCAGGUUGAAUGAAUUAUCAUAAUAUACAUGAUCCUGAUUUAAUAUCUGCAAUUAAUCGCACAAUCUAAUGUCUUUAUCACAAGGAACAACUUGUUAGAAACACUCCAAUUAGAUUAAUAGUUUUGACAAAAGAGAGUUAAGUUAGAUAAUGAAUAAUAGAUUAAUAGUUUUGACAAAAGAGAGUUAAGUUAGAUAAUGAAUAAUAGACGUGCAGGUUGAAUGAAUAUAUCAUAAUAUACGUUAUAAAUAUUCAUAUUAUGUCAAAAAUGAAAGUGUACAUUUUCUAAAGAGGUAUAGUAAGCAGAUGAAACAGGCACGUUUCAUGCCUCUUAUUUUGGUUGGCUGUCGUAACUCCUUGUUGCGUGUACGACUUUUUCGUAUUCCUUAUCAAUUUGACGUGCUCCAUCAUUUUUUGAAACUCAAAUAAAACAUUAGACUAUUUUCUUGCAACUGGUAGACGAAAUUUUCUAAAAAAUAGUGGACAAGUUGGUUGUGGAAAACUAUUUAACAGUUUUUAUAUACGAUAUUUUUAAUAUAAGAUAUGUUUAUUAUUUCUCUCAAUAAUAUUUUAAGGUUCUAAUUAAAAUAAAUAGAAGAAUCACUACGAAAUGCUCUAUAUGAUAGAUAACUUAUUCUAAAAGCAUUUGAUUUUAUCCAUACACGGAAUGAAACGUGUACGGUGUAUACAACACCGACUCUUUCCCAUCUCUUAUAAAUAGGUGGUCAUUCCCUUUGUUCAAUUCACAAGACAUAAAGCAAUCAAAAGAAGAAGAAACAAAAACAAAGUACAACUUUAAAUCAAAGAGAAGAGAAGCAAUGGCAGGUUCUAACUGUGGAUGUGGUUCCGGUUGCAAAUGCGGUGACUCUUGCAGUUGCGAGAAGAACUACAACACGGAGUGCGACAACUGCAGCUGCGGAUCAAACUGUAGCUGUGGGGACAGCUGCAGCUGUUAAUGUGGUGUAAAUCACAUGUAUGCAGGAAAACUGGUGGAAAAUGUGUUUGAUGUUAAGAGAGAUGUGUGUGUGUUUGAAUAAAGAUUUGGCAUAAUAUGUUGCGUAAUAACUCUCUUAACCUUGACUUUUUCCUGCUUCUAUGUGUUGAUUGUGUGAUUGUGUAAUGUUUUCAUUUGUAACUUAAAGAAAACAAAAAAUAUAUAUAUAUAUUGACUUUUGUGAUUAUAAA